CAGUUUUAGCGCUCAGGGUCGCCAUGGGCAAGUCGGAUUUUCUGAGCCCCAAGGCCAUCGCCAAUAGGAUUAAGUCCAAAGGGCUCCAGAAGCUUCGCUGGUACUGCCAGAUGUGCCAAAAGCAAUGCCGCGACGAGAAUGGAUUUAAGUGUCACUGUAUGUCUGAAUCUCAUCAAAGACAACUGUUGCUGGCUUCAGAAAAUCCACAGCAAUUUAUGGAUUAUUUUUCAGAGGAAUUCCGAAAUGACUUUCUGGAACUUCUGAGGAGACGCUUUGGCACUAAGAGGGUCCACAACAACAUUGUCUACAAUGAAUACAUCAGCCACCGAGAGCACAUCCACAUGAACGCCACUCAGUGGGAAACGCUGACCGACUUUACCAAGUGGCUGGGUAGAGAGGGCUUAUGUAAAGUGGAUGAGACACCAAAAGGCUGGUACAUUCAGUACAUAGACAGAGACCCAGAAACUAUCCGUCGGCAACUGGAAUUAGAAAAAAAGAAGAAGCAAGAUCUUGAUGAUGAAGAAAAAACUGCCAAAUUCAUUGAGGAGCAGGUGAGAAGAGGCCUGGAAGGGAAAGAGCAAGAGACACCUGUUUUUACUGAAUUAAGCCGAGAAAAUGAUGAAGAAAAAGUUACGUUCAAUCUGAAUAAAGGAGCGGGUAGCUCAGCGGGAGCAACAACGUCCAAGCCAAGCUCUUUGGGACCAAGUGCACUGAAGAUGCUGGGGAGCGCAGCCUCUGGAAAGCGGAAGGAGUCUUCACAGAGCUCGGCUCAGCCUGCAAAGAAGAAGAAGAAGUCUGCCCUGGAUGAGAUCAUGGAGAUUGAAGAGGAAAAGAAAAGGACCUCACGGACAGACUCCUGGUUACAGCCUGGGAUCAUUGUGAAAAUUAUAACGAAGAAGCUUGGGGAGAAAUAUCACAAGAGAAAAGGGGUCGUUAAGGAAGUGAUUGACAGAUACACAGCUGUGGUAAAGAUGAGUGACUCUGGAGACAAGCUGAAACUAGACCAGACUCAUUUAGAGACAGUCAUUCCAGCCCCAGGGAAAAGAGUUCUAGUUUUAAACGGAGGCUACAGAGGAAAUGAAGGCACCCUCGAAUCCAUCAAUGAGAAGACGUUUUCAGCCACGAUAGUCAUUGAAACAGGACCUUUGAAAGGACGCAGAGUUGAAGGAAUUCAAUAUGAGGACAUAUCUAAACUUGCUUGAGUUUGAAAAUUGGUUAACAACACAUUGAAAUUGUAAAACAUCAAAUUGAUGUUAGCCAAGGCACUGUGUAACUCUACUGUGUUAGGGGCUUUGUUUUGUAUAAAGAAAUCAUCUAUUUAAAUACUACUGGAUAGUUAUUUGGGUAAAUUUUUAAUAAAAUCUAAUGGUUUUUUUUUUAA